ACCAGUCACUGCACGGCCAUACGCGGAACCGCAGCGAUGCGAAACCUUGCUCACCAAGAUGAUUCCAUUGCUUUGCAGACUGUCAACCAGACCAAUGAAUACCAUCAGGAUCGAGAGGUUGUACCAGCUUUCGAGGACAUCAUGGAUGUCAUUGGUUCUAGAGGAAAGUUCCAGAAGAGAUUAAACACGGUUUUCAUUUGCUAUGGCACAAUCGUCAAUGUGAUGAGCGCGCAAAUGUACAGUUUCGUUAUCCAAACUCCUGAUCACUGGUGUCACGUCCCUGGGAGAGAGUUAACCAACUUAACUCUUGAUGAGUGGAAGAGCGCCACUAUCCCCAAGGAAGGAGGGACAUUCAGCAAGUGCCUGAUGUACAACGGAAGCGCCCUGGACGGUGCUUCCGAGGUGCCCUGCCAGCACGGCUGGGAGUACGACGACACGUGGUACACUCAGACGGUGCCGUCAGAGAUGAACUGGGUCUGCGACGACAUGCACAUCGUCAGUGACGUCAUGUUCUAUGCACAGAACAUUGGAGCAGUCCUGGGACUGCUGUUAGGCUACAUGGGUGACAUGUACGGACGUCGCCCGCUGCAGUUGGCCUGCGUGGUGAUGCACGUCGUCAGCAGGGUGGCGAUGCUGUUCACUCCGUCUCUGGUCCCGCUGUUCGUCGUGGCGGUGGCGCUGGCGGGGGGCGCUGCAGGCGUCAUGCUGGAGUCGGCGGUAUCUGUAGGGACGGAAUUGACGGAUAUCAGAAACCGCUCAUGUAUCAAUUGCAUGUCAUGCAUUGGUAUACCUAUAGGAUUGGUGUCCGCCUGCUUCUGUGUUCAGAUGUUCCCCAGCUGGAAGCACUCCUUGCUUUUUGCAGUACUGUGCUGCCUUAUAUUACUACUCUUCUGCAGGUGGUUCCCCGAGUCGCCGCGCUGGCUGACGUGCAGGGGGCGCGAGGAGGAGGCGCUGAGCGUGCUGCGGCGGGUCGCCGCCACCAACGGCUCCAGCCUGCCGCCGUUCACCCUGCAGGUGCUGCACCGCGUGGCCAAGGCCAAGCGGGACCGCGUCGGCUACCUGGGCAUCUUCUCCAGCUGGAACCUCUUCAAGAACACCCUCCUGCUCGCCAUGGCCAGGUCCCUGUGCUGGAUGACGAUGUUAGCGCUGGUGCUGAGCGUGGGCAUCAUCAACGUGAACCCGCUGGUGACGGUGUCUGCUCAGGCCGUGGCGCAGGCGGCAUCUGUGCUGCUGCAGCACUACUGCGGGACCCACUUCGGGCGACGGUGGUCCAGCGUCGCGUGUCUGGCGCUGGUCGGCCUCCUGGGUGCACUCUGUGUCGUACUGCUCACAGUUGGUGUUCCGAGUGUCGCCAUGGCAGUGGUAGUGAUGGCCAUGCAGUUCUGGUCGUCGGCUGGUGCAGCUGUCAUCAACCUUCAGAGCAUCGAGGUGCACCCCACGUGUCUGCGACAGAUCACCGCCAGCGUAGAGUGCACGGUUGCUGGUGUUUGCAUGUCUCUUGUUCCGUACAUCGUCUUUCAGGGAGGCUCGGUGGACCGUAGGCUGCCGUUCGCCAUCUUGUCAGCGAUUCACCUGCUGGUAGCGCUGUUGGUGUCGUUCCUGCCGGAAACUGCGCUGCAGAGGCUGCCGGAGUCUCUGCAGGACGCCGCCGAGUUUGGCAGAGGGCGUCCCUACUGGAGCUGGAGACUCAUCGCCCCGCCGUCAUACGUUCAGGGACAAUAGGCGCCCUCAGUUACGGUCCAGUCUCCCAUUUUGUCUUACAUACUUCAAACUGAAGAACAACUUGUCUACUGAAGUGGGAAAAAAGCUGUAACUCUAGUAUUGUAUAUAUUGUAAAUUGUCGCACGAAGUACGCACCAGGGUCGCAGUAACCCUUAAUGAUUUGCAGGUGAAAUGCUUGAAAAUGUAAUAUUUUGUAAUGAAAUUGUGC